GCAUGCUAAUAUAAUGUUUUUUUUUAAACUGCGGUGAGGCGCAUGCCAAAGGUCUAUAAAAGGGGACCUUCUGUCUCUUCCCUCUUUCCUCUUUACCCAUCCUUGACUCUCAAAGCAUCUGCGCAAAUGCUCAUCAUGACUCAGUCCAAAUGAGAAUGCAGAUGUGGUGGUGGCGAGGACCUCAUCCACCCGACAGCAACAGCGAUCAGAGCCAGCAGCAACCAAUUGGAUCCAUUAACAAAACUGCUAUUAUGCUGCCACAUUUGUUGAGCUUGGUUGUCUCCAAGACUUCAUUACUGAAGAUCCUCCAGCUUGCAAGUCUCCUCAAUGUUGCGAAGACUCUGGCUUCAAUGCCAUCAAGAGUUCUGGAUCAAGGCCUAGUAGGGACCGUGUGUGGUGGUGGGCAAUUAUCUGGUUAGAACAACCGUUCGUAUUGCAUGUGUAAUUGUCUAUUAGUAGUUAGUUAGCUUUUCCGAACCGGUUGUCGCCGGUUUAUUCCCUGGUGUAGUAGCUAGUGCCAGUUUCUGUCACCUCAACACUAACGAGGUUGCCGGUCACGCGGUCCGUGCAGCAAGUGGGACGAUAUUACAGAUAUGAAAUUAUUGAAAUUACAUGGCUCGCCCGUAUCCACCAUAAAAGCUUCUUUACAAUGAUUGUCUCGUUUCCCUAUGCGAUUUGUUGUUCGCCAUUUUUCAACAAAGACCCAGAUUCAAACCCCUUUACGUACCCAACGGCCUUACGAACCACCUUAAAUCUCCAGCCUGGUCCUCCUUGGUCAAGCCGCAUUAACCACGCCCUCGCUGACUUACUGCUGCGAGUUACCGGUGGAUGUCACCUUAACACCAAACCCACGCACCUUUUCUAAUGACUCUCCCAGUGGCCGGCGAGAGUAGCACAGGAAAAUCUGACAUCUUGGAUGCUUUACUUAAGAAUCCAUGAUGGCUCUAUCAAGGGAAGGAGUGAAGGAAUGUUGAGAAGGGAUAGUGCGACUCAAAACGAUCGCUGGCUACGAUAAGAAUACAAAGUUGACAAGGGUUUCCACAGUUAGUAUCCCAGCGGUUUGUUCCGUCUCGACGGUGCGAACCAGGUUCCCCUCACCGACAUGGUUCGAGGGCAUCCCACUUGAAAGAACUCAAGUAUUUGAUUGCCAAGAACCUGAGUGCCGAGUCCAGGCUGCACAUCAAAUAUGAGGCAGCUGCAUAUACGGCAUGGAGAGCUCUCGCGCAGCUGGAGGAGGAGCAUACUACGAUCACGUCAUAGUUGAAGCGAGCAGAUAUCCAGGACAUGACCAAAGCGACAACAAAAAUCAAUCAGUAUUUCCAGUGGUUGAAGUUUUCGAAGCUUUUCUGGAAAAGCAGUGAUGUUGCUUCGGAUCUUCGCGAGAAUUAUAGUAAUGAUUUGCUACAAGAGACUGAGCUACGGAUGGCAUACUCUUUGGGUCGGUUGCAUGAAGAUACGCACCAUCUGUAUUUGGCAAUUCGCGCUACCUUAUUGGCAUUUGCUUCAUCAACAGACCUCUCACAUAAAACCAUCACACCUGAAUUUCAAGAAGAAGUAAAACAUGCCACAGAGAAACUAGACUGUGAAAUCGAUGACAUUGAGCAGGAGUUCGAUCCGUACAUGCUUAGUAAUGUCGUCUGGAAUAAGCGUGCUGAUCCUGAUUUUGGGACUAAGACUAAUGAGCUGCAGCGGAAAGCGGAGAUCCUGCGCAUUCAAACUUUGGGAUUCGAGGUCAUGACGUUGCAUUUGUUAUGCAGGGGCGUGUGUCCUUAGUAAGUUACUUGUAACAGGCCGUAGCGGCUAGCAUAGGAGUUAUGCUUGCGCAGUAUUUGUCGGUGCUUGAAAUUCCAGCUCAUUAUUAUUUGGGGCACUUGGUCUAUAUUAGAUUAGCUACUGCUUGAGGUUAUUUUAAUUUAAAAGAUAUCCAGGAAGUCGGCUUAUCGAUCUAUAUGCAGGCCUAGGAUGGAUGCAGAAUGCGGUGGGGCUCGUUCAAGGAUGAUUUCGUGAAACGGAAUUUUAGAGUGCAAGAGGAUCUGAAAAAAUGUCUUCAGAUUAGCUAGAUAAAUGGUCGAAUAAGAGUCCUACUCUGGGGAAU